AGCGAGGGAAAACUCUUCCCAAAUCCCCAACUGCGCGCACCACGCCACAGUACCAAGAUGGAAACCCACGCCGAGCUCGGCUCCGACGGCCGCCACCCUGCUCCGACGAACCCGCCGGGGAUGGAGGAACCACGCGCCGACUCCGCCGCUGCAUUCCCCUCCCUCCCCGGCCCCGAUGCGCUACCCGCCCCCAACCAGGGUACAUCCGCCGGCACGAGGAAGCGCAAGGCCCCGGCGACGGCGACUGAGAAGGCAGUGAGGAAGCCUCGCAAGCGGCAGGUAGAAGAACCGAUUCAGAUGCCUGUGUACUAUGGGCGUAGAGAAGAUUUCCACAGCGUGCGUGGCGAAGAUUUAAUUGAAGAUAUCUCAGAACUUUAUGCAAACAAAAUAUGUGAGCACAUAGUCGGCGAGCUGCCGCUGCAGCCACAGUCUAUGUCAUUGGUGGAUCUACAGCUCUGGGUCUUCAAGCUAUUUCGGCUCCACCCAGAAACACAAGAUCUCAAAAUUAAGGGGUUCCUCAAACAACGAAAAACUGACCCGUAUGACGAGGAAGAACCGGGCUGGUAUAUGGAGUACUGGCCGUGGGACAGUUGUGAUUUUUUUUGCGACAAAUCCUGGAGAUCAUUUGCCAAUAAGUUGAAGAGAAAAAGAAAUGUGACGCAGAGGUUCAUGUUGUAUGUGCAAUCCUCUGAGAUCAGGCACUACGACAUCUUGCUCAAGGCAGUAAAUGAUGAUUAUUCUCAGCUGGUGACGGUUGUGUUGCCUGGGACAGAAAGCCUGUCAGGUAGUCGUUUCGGCUUCCACUGCCUGGUGGAAGACCUGACAAUGUCAGCUCAGGAAAUUGCAGCUAAGCUCACUGGUCACAUUAGUCCUGCUGAGGCGUGGAGGGCAAAACAGGUUGCUCUGGAGAGGAAAUUUGGUACCUUUUAUGAUUCACACAACUUUGCCCCAAGGUUACUGAAGGAAAUAGCGCGUAAGAACCCUGGCUGUUUUGUUGACAUAAAGGAUGCAGAGGUUGCAGGGUGUAAGGAUUUUCGGGUCCUCCAGAGUAUGUUUUGGGCAUUUGCACAGUGCUUAGAGGCCUUCCGUACUUGUCGCCCUGUGCUAUGCAUUAAGAGCAUGCCACUAUGCGGGAAAUAUCAAGGGGUGCUGUUGACGGCUGUAGCAUUAGAUGCUAAUGAUUUCACCAUUCCAGUAGCAUGUGCUAUCGUUGAGGCUGAUACCAAGGAAAGCUGGCUGUGGUUUCUUAGGAAUUUGGAGCAAGCAGUGGUGCAUCAGUCUGAUAUUUGCAUUAUACACGACUACAAAAGGGAGUUGAUUGAUGCCGUGGAGGUCCUUCCGAGUUCUCGUCAACCACUGUGGUGUAGAGCAGAAAGCCGGUGGUGCAUGGAAGACCUUGCUGAGAACUUCUUUGCAUAUUUUGGCGACAAGAACCUGGUGAUGAUGUUCAAAAAACUUUGUCAGCAGAAUCGACGUCAUAAGUUCAGUAAAAUCUGGACGGACCUAGACGAAGUGACGUCCAAAUAUAUGACGGAGAAAGAACAUGGUGCUAGUAGGAAAAUGCAGCAAGAAUCAGUCGAGGAUGAUGUGGCAGAGCUUGAAGCAGAAAACCCAUGCAACCAACCUGAUCCAGUGGAGAAUGUGAAGGAAGGAGAUCAUGCCAAUGACAACAACAGAAAAAUAACAAAGUUCUCUGACUGGAUCCAUCUGAAACCAAAGGAGAAGUGGUCACUGGCAUAUGACAGCGAUGGAGCAAGAUAUGGCAUCAUGGGCAGUGAUAUAGCUGAUGUAUACAAGAACGACCCUAUAUUGAAAGGGAUAACAUGCCUUCCGAUCAGUGCGAUAGUGGAGGUGACAUUUUUGCGCUUGGCAGAGUACUUCAAAAACGCAAGUGCUGCAGCAAACAAAGCGAUCGGCAACCCAUCAAUCAACUUCCCUGAACGUGUCCAGGCUGACAUGAAUGUCAAAAUGCAGAAAGCCGAGAUGCAUAAAACCUUUCAGAAGUACACCGAUUAUGAAAAUGUUAUUGGUGGGGAAGAUGAUCUGGCAUUUACAGUUAAGGGAAGGAAGAGGGAGGUUACUGUCCACCUGAAGUCGGAGAAUACCCUCUGGAUGAAUAAGUCUGAAGGAUCCACAAUUCGAAAAACUGCCACAUGUACAUGUAACAAGCCGCAGCUGCUUCACAAGCCUUGCUCUCAUGUCAUCGCCAUCUGUUGUGAGAUUGGGGUUAGCACUGCUACAUACAUGUCCCCAUACUACUGCUUGCCUUAUCUAGUUUGCACCUGGAGGCCAAAAUUCAAUAAGUUCCCGCACAACUACAAAGAUGUUGCACCAGGCUUCUUCAGAGAUAAUAUACCGACUUGGAUCCCAGACAAAAGAUUGGAGUGUUGUCUUCCUGUUUGGCUGUUGUCGGACAGCGUACAAACUGCCGUGGUCGAGGAAGAGCAACAGGGCAGUACUGAAGAUGGCUCAGUUGAAUAGAAUCAAGGAACCCAAGACGCGCUCAGAAGAACCCAGCCAAAUCCGAGCUUCUAAUGUCAUCUGUCAAACUCCAAGUUAUUCAUAUUUUGGAUGGUUAGUGUGUGUUAGCUGUUGUGUUUAAGCCUUUGUAAACGCUGAACCUCUACUAUUAUUAGUAGUGCUUCCAUUUCGUACGGAAAACUGAAUUUCUUAGUAUUACUUUUGUAGUCGGUUACAAUCUGAAAUCUGAACUUCUUGUUUAGUUUA